CUAAGCAGGAAGAUAAUUAAAAAAGGUAGAUAAUAAAAAAGGGGAAUAUUAACACACAUUACGAGAGUUGGAAAGAAUGUCUACAAGAGAUAACAGUAAGCAAACUUAUAAAACUAUAGUUCCUACAAAACCUAAGUAUAUUGAGCAUAAAGUACAUCAUUACCAACAAUGUUUUAAUUGGGACUGUGGCAUUGCAUGUGUUAUGAUGUUACUUUCAUUAGAACAAAGAGACUAUUUAAAAAAGCAUUUCACAAAGAUAUGCCAUGACGAAGGAUUCCUACAGUCAACAUGGACUAUUGACCUUUGUUUUUUAUUAAAAAGAUUUGGUAUUGAGCAUUGUAUGUACACUAUUAUAAAGGGUGUCAAUAGUAGACGAGCCAUCAAUGAUGGAAUAAAUUAUCAGGCAUGUAAACGAGUACAAAUUCGGAUUUCUAAUGCCGAAGAAGUUGGAAUUUCAAUAAAAGAGAAAGAGUUAAGAAUGGAAGAGCUCUUGUCUCAUGUAGAGUGUAAUGGCCCGGCCAUUGUUUUAGUCGACUCCCCCUUAUUAAUAUGUGAUUUGUGCAAACAUAACAAGAUGAAAGCAGAGUUCAGACGUGCGUUCGGUGGUCGUUACAAAGGUCACUAUGUUCUAAUUGUGGGUCGCAGCGGGAAUAAGGUUUUGUAUCGUGACCCAGCAUUAAGCGCACGACUGUGUGCCACCAGUCCUGCCCGAUUGCAUGCAGCAAGACGAGCCCCCGGCACUGAUUUUGAUGUUAUACUUAUUAACAGAGAUUAUAGUACGUGAUAAACGAAUUUAAAAUAUAUAUGCUACAAUCUAAAUGUUAUUUUGUUAUUUUACUUACUUUUGCUAGAACUUAAUCUUUACUU